UGCGCGCGCGCAUUCGUAACUACCGGUCGCGUCGCGAAUAGCUAGCGCACCAUGGCGCAUACGUUAAAGUGCAACAAUUGUAAUAUUGUGGUGAACGAACUGUUGGCGUUUGUGAUAAAUAAGUUACAUCUUAUGGACGAUGAGAGCAUGAGCAGAAUUUGUUUGGCCUUCUUUACGGCUCAAGACAUAAGGACAGCUAAGGAUUUGCUGUUUUUAUCCGUCCCGGUACGAAAAAGGAAGAUAAACCGAAGAAGAGAGGGGCACCAACGCCGUGAUAUUGACGAUAUUAUCGACCUGGCGCGAGAGACAGAUCCUGACAAGUUUCCAGUUUUUGUGGCCAGGGACUUACACAAGCUACCGCCGAUAGACUUUGACUCUGUGGACCUAACUUCGCUUCUUAAAGAUAUGGUAGUGCUUAAAAAUGAACUGCAAGCCAUAAAAGCGCGGUAUGUCACGCAGGAGCAGUUUGAAAAUCUGGAAAAGAUUGCUAUGGAGUGCCGUAGGAUUCCCAACGAAAGUGAUCUAUUCUAUAGAAACGUUAGUCAUUCAAAUUUAAAUGUUAACGUUAGACGUGGUGCAUAUUUAAACAGCGGACCAAUGGGCUUACACAUGUCAUCGCGCAGCAUAGAAUAUGACGACGAAGAUAACAAGACUCUCCUGUCUCAGUCGAGCCCGAUUGGAACCGGUAUCUCGCCAUCCCACUCGUCGAAGCGAAAACCGGCCGAGCGGGCCGAGCAUACGAACAGCGUCAGCGCUGAUCAAGAAAACACAUCCGCGCAUGCGCUGAAUCUUGCGCCGCAGCCAUCACCGCCGCGCUCUUCACCCCCGCCGUCCUCCGCCAUUGCAACUAAACAGUCGCCGAGUAAACAAGUGUCGUGCACCGGUGAGCAAGUUGAGACGAUGACAAAAAACCGGUUGGUUAGUGUACCAUUAGUAACAGAAAGUCAGGAGUUACCAAAUCCAGUGACUUUGGACCCUGUUAUGAGCUUUGCUGAUAUAGCGAAGGAGGGAGAAUGGAAGAAAGUAGUGAAGAGGUCAAAACCUGCACCGAAGAAUCGUCGUGUAGGCAUGAUGGGCAAGGCCGAUAUCAAGACCAACUUCAAAGCUGCCGAUCCGAAGAUACCUAUAAUGAUUACAAACGUACACAAGGACACGUCAAAAGCGGACAUAAUAAACUACAUACGUGAGAAAACUAGUGACGUAGUGACGCUAGAACAAAUAGUGAUGAAAAACAAAAACACUAACUAUAACGCCUAUAAGUUCUACGUAUGUCAAGAAAAAGUGAGCAUGUUUUUAGAUGAGUCAUUGUGGCCGAGCGGCAUAAUAUUUCGCCGGUUUAUUACAUCUAAGCAUGUACUUGUAAAUACCGGCCGCGACCGCGACACCGCGCCGAGCGAUACUACUCGUACCAGUGCUACGCCAGGUCCUACGAGUGCUACGCCGGGUGCUACGAGUGCUAAGACGAAUCUCAAGUAA